GGGGAUAGGAAGGGCAGGCAGCAGAAUACAACAGACACUUGUUUGGCAGUAGGUGUAAACGUGGCUGUAUAAUCAACGUGACUCUGCAAUCUGUUCACGGAGGAAUAAUAAGAAAAAAAAAAAAAAGAGGGAGGGGUGUCAAAGAGCCAAGGUGCCGCUUGGCUGGUGGCAGAGCUGAGAACCUGGAGGCGUUCGCCCACAGCCACAUUUCAUUUCUCGCCAGCCCGUGGUUCCCCUGCCAUGAGCAACCUAGUGCGGACCGAGCCGCUGCACGGGGCGCCUCCUCUGCUGGUGCCUGGCGACCUCUACUCCGUGGUGGUUCUGCUGCGAGGCUACGCGGAGCCAGAGGAGGUGGGCGAUGCCGUGCGAGCGGACGGCUCCGUGACCCUCGUGCUGCCUCAGGCCUGGGGCCGGGGCUCUAGUCACCAAGAGUCCCCGCCCGCGGCCGGCAGCGCGGAGACCGCCCUGGAGGAGGCGGCCCGUGGCCCCAUCCUCGUGGAUACUGGGGGCCCCUGGGCUCGGGAGGCGCUGCUGGGCGUCCUGGCGGGGCAGGGAGUGGACCCCGGAGACGUGACUUUGGUGGUGGGGACCCACGGGCACUCGGAUCAUAUCGGAAAUCUGGGGCUGUUUCCGGGGGCUGCUCUGCUGGUCUCGCACGACUUCUGCCUGCCAGGGGGCCGCUACCUGCCCCACGGACUGACUGAGGGGCGGCCCCUGCGCCUAGGACCUGGGCUCGAGGUGUGGGCCACGCCGGGCCACGGGGGCCAGCGGGACGUGAGCGUAGUGGUGAAGGGCACGGCCCUGGGCACCGUUGUGGUGGCCGGAGAUGUGUUUGAGCGUGACGGGGAUGAGGACUCGUGGCAGGCGCUGAGUGAAGACCCAGUGGCCCAGGAGCGGAGUCGGAAGAGGGUCCUGGGCACCGCCGACGUGGUGGUGCCUGGUCACGGAGCCCCCUUUCGAGUGGUCAGGGAAGCCUCUCAACCAGAAAGAAAGAGUUGUGGAAACAGCAGCCAGGAACCGGAGGGCGGAGAGGACAAGUCUACACUUCAUGGAUGAGACCCAGAGACCUGAUCAGCCAGAAUCCGAGCAGGCAAGGCCAGUCACUUCCAGUCUUCCAGGAGACAGAUUAUCCAUUCAGGACACUGGAAUAUCACUGUGGAUAUAACUCUCUGCCUAUCUCUGCAACCAAACUACAUGUGUGAAUCCUCGGCAGGCCUCGGGAAAAUGCAAGAAUGUUCUUGUGAGGGUCCUCCAAAAUAAAAGUAGAAGGUCCCUGAA